AUGGCAGCGAGCAUCAAACCGCUCAUUCUUGUUUGCUGUACGCCGAUAUAUGGCCAUUUGAUGCCAAUUCGCGCAAUUGGCAAAGAACUUAUCGCUCGUGGUUACGAAGUUACGUUCGUAACCGAAUCUGCGUAUCGCAAAAUCAUCGAAGAAAUCCGCGCAUCACUUGUGCCUCUCUCCGGAUACGGCGACUACACCGAAGCAGAGAUCGACGAAAGAUGGCCGGUUAGGGAGACAUUGCCUAAAGGCCCAGUUCAGCUGGCCUUUGAUCUGGAGGAAUGUUUCAUUAAGAUCCACAAAGAAAGGCACCCUAGCAGACCGAUCAUUCUUCUGAAUGAAGGCAUAUUCUACGGAUCGUUGCCAGAAAUGGCUGGUGCCCCCGGUCUCUGCCCCACAGCAGCUAUUUCCCUUGGAAUCGUCCCCCUCACUCAAUCAAGCAUCGACUGCCUACCCUUCGGCCUCAGUCUCCCACCAGACAGCUCUCCAGAGGGCCGAGAGAGAAACAAGGCAAUGAACAAAGGCAUUCAGGAGCAGCUGUUUGCAAAAGCGCAGGCUACAUUCCUGGAAAUCAUGGAAACCUUAGGUGCAAGGCGAGAAGGAUUGCACGACGCUCCGCCAAGCAUCAUAUUCUCUGGCGGUCUUCCUAAGGGCCAUCGCGAUGCGUUUUCCGAUCCUCCAGCCUGGUGGGACGAAACUAUCACCAACAAAUCGAAGAAAGCUGUCCUUGUGUCUCAGGGAUCCCUCGCAGUGAACUUCUCGGACUUAAUUGUCCCGACAAUGAUUGGUCUUCAGGAUCGAGAGGACAUCAUUGUUGUAGUUGCAUUAGGGAAGAAGGGUGCUACCGUGCCGGAAGGUACGCUGGUCCCGGCUAAUGCUCGCGUCGGUAGCUUUGUUCCCUUCGAUGACGUACUGCCUCAUUGGGCUGUAUUUGUCACGAAUGGAGGGUAUGGUGCUUUUCAGCAUGGUGUUGGGAAUGUCGUACGCUUGGUCGUUGGAGGUACUACGGAAGACAAGGCUGAGAUUACUGCGAGAGUUGAGUGGGUUGGUAUUGCUGUGAAUUUGAAGACUUCGACACCAACUCCAGAAGCUGUGUUGGCGGCUGUGGACGAGGUAAUUUCGGGGCCGAAGUAUAAGGAAAGAUCCUUAGUGCUGGAGGCUGAAAUGGCUACUUUUGACUCCAUGGAAAAUGUGGUGAAGAAUAUUGAGGAGGUGGUUGCUGGGGAGCCUUAGGAGAUUCAAUUCUUCUUCACUUUGUUCUUAUAUAUUUGUCUAUGCCUUCAGACAAACGCAUCAUGCAAGGAGAAACCACGGCUUUGCGAAGCAUGGCCUUGAGUAACACAGAUCUUCUGAAUAGUUUCGCAAUCUUCACGACAAUACAGUAGUAUGUUCGAGACUCAAAAUCGAC